UCGAGGUUGUCGCCGUCAAUUCAUCGGCCAUUGACCUUACAGAGAGGGACAUGGGGAGAAAUCAGAAGCAAAUCUUGGUAGGUUUGGCUGCGGCGAUGUUCUUAGGAUUGGUGGUGUACAUGAGGCUUUGGACCAUAGACUAUUCCAUGUCUACCGAUGAAGCCGAACUGCUCAGGAGGCAGUUCGACCUUGCGAACCGCGAGGCAAUGGAUGAAUCUGCGGAAUGGCGUCGUAUGUAUGAUCACGAACUAGACAGAGCCAAAAGUUGUAACAGUGAGCUAAAUAAGCUUAAGGAAUCUUUUGAGAAGGUAGGGGAUGUUGCUAGAAUCAAUCAGAAGUUGACAAAUUUGCAAGAGGAAAACGCUGCUCUCCGUAAAGAAGUGGAUGCCUUACAGCUAAGGCUAGAGGCCGAGAGGUCGAGGUGUGGCUCUCAGUAGAGCUCGUCGACAAACACCGUAAAGAAUACUAAUACCGAAUUUGAAUUCUAAAAUGUCUAUAACAAAAGUUGCUGGGCAUGGCUUGUGAUGGGAAGUAGAACUAAGUACUAAACCAAAUGAUGAACUUAUGAAGGUCGAUGCGUAUUUCUCUUUGUUAUCGGCAAAUAAAGAAAGGGUUUACCUGGACUCUAGAGGAGAGGCGAUUCUGCAAUUCCAUGAGACCACUGACUUUCUCUUGCUUUUUAAUGUAACGUCAACAUCAGCUAGCGAUGGGCUGUUACACUUAAACUCAACAAAGCUCAGGGGAAAGGUAAGAUCCUCAAGUUUCGAGUAAGUUCGUCCGAUAAUUAGAUUCUCAAGUCUCAACGCACAUGGGAAUGUUUUGUAGAGGGAUUGCAUGAAAGAAAAAAGGAUGGAGCUUUCCUAUUUGUAGCCAUAAGCAAAGGUGUGAAAUAAAGGUAACAAAAAGGGAGGUUUCUUUUUCUUGAAUCAAGUGUAUGUAGUAAAAGUUUACUCUUUUCCCCCCUACUUAGAAACCAAAUCAGACUACGAAAAUUCUUCUGAAGAUCUGUGUUUUUGUUUCUUGAAGUAGAUUAUAUUUUGAAGGAUUAAAUUCAAA